AACCGAAGUAUUGAUUUAAAUGCGCAAUAUCAUAUAACGAUAGUCCCAUUUAGAAAUGCGAACACUGCUGUUUGUAACUUGACAUAGUGCUAUUACGAAGAACGUAUUGUUCUAGAAUCUGUCACGCUGAGAGAAAAGGUGUAUAACAAAAAGGAGAUUAGAAAACAUGGUUGGACCAAAUAUUUCUUUGUGACUAACCGUUCCAGAAGGUGGAACAUCCUCUGUACAGGGUACAUCUUUUAGGACACCUUCAGAACACGAACGUGUAAAUCCGGAACUCGCAACGUUUUGCAAAGUAUAUCCUGUGAGCCCUGUAACAGGGCCAGGUGCAGCGAGAUCCGUAUGGGAAUUAAGUCCAGAUCCCGACAUGGUCGGGCAUCUACCAAAUACUCCAAUUUCUAGCACUACUCAUCACAGUCAUGAACCACCUAAAGGCACUGAAUUAAGAUCUAGAAAUGGCCCUGAUGAUAAUAUUUAUGCCGAUGAAACUGCACCAGGUCAAACUCCAUCUGAUGAAACAAAACAAAUAUUUGAACUUCUUAGAGCUGGUGAGAUUGGGGCAGUCGAUGAAUUGGUAGAAAAAAAUGGUUUAAGUGUAUUAAGUGCAAGAGACGAAUGGGGAUAUACUCCUGCCCACUGGGCUGCUCUGGAUGGAAAUAUUGAAGUAAUGAGAUAUUUAAUAGAACGAAAUGGACCAGUUGAUCUUUCUUGUCUUGGAACUCAAGGACCAAGACCGAUACAUUGGGCUUGUCGAAAAGGUCAUAGUGCAAUAGUUCAGCUAUUGUUAAAGGCUGGAGUUGCUGUUAAUGCAGCGGAUUUUAAAGGUUUAACACCACUCAUGACUGCUUGUAUGUUUGGAAAAUUUGCAACAGCAGCAUUUUUGUUAGGAUCUGGUGCACUAGGACAUUUAACAGAUAUAAAUGGAGAUACUGCACUUCAUUGGGCUGCAUAUAAAGGUCAUGCAGAAUUAAUAAGAUUACUUAUGUAUAGUGGAGUAGAUUUGCAAAAACCAGAUUACUUUGGAUCCACUCCACUACACUUAGCGUGUCUUUCUAGAAAUGUCAGUUGUGUAAAAAUAUUAUGUGAAAAAAGCAAGAUUGAACUAGAACCUCGUGAUAAAAAUGGUAAAACACCAUUACAAUUGGCAAAAAGUCACAGACAUUCAGAAAUUGUAAGAAUACUACAAGCUGAACAGAAACGGCGAGCUAGAUGGAUUCCGCCGAUUAACGAACUGUGGGCAUUAUUAUUUGGUGGAGCUGGAAACAGUAAAGGUCCUAUAUUAUUAUUUAUGAUAUCCGUCCUUUUAUGGGGAUAUCCAAUGUAUUUAUUAAAAUGUAUUCCAUUAACAUGGAAUCUUUUACGUGGCAGUCACUAUUGUUUUAUUUAUUGGAACAUUGUUAUGUGGAUCUCAUGGAUUGUAGCAAACAGAAGAGAUCCUGGUUAUGUACCCCAGAAUAGUGAAACCUAUUAUAGAGCAAUUAAACAAAUUCCAUAUUUUGAUAAAUGGAAAAAAAGAAAUGUUGUAUUGUCACGUUUGUGUCAUAGCUGUAGGUGUUUUAGGCCUUUAAGAGCUAAGCAUUGCAGAAUCUGCAACAGAUGUGUUACAUAUUUUGAUCAUCACUGCCCAUUUAUAUAUAACUGUGUAGGUUUGAGAAACAGAAUGUGGUUCUUUCUUUUUGUUAUGUGUGUAGCAAUAAAUUGUUCAUUCACUAUUUAUUUUGCUUGCUAUUGUAUGGCAAUUGAAGGAAUCCAAUUAUUAUAUGUAUUGGGUGUACUAGAAGCAUUAGUAUUCUGUGGGCUUGGAUGGAUUUUGACAUGUACUUCAGUCUUACAUGCGUGUAUGAAUUUAACAACAAAUGAAAUGUUUAAUUAUAAACGGUACUCGUAUUUACGAGACAAAAAAGGAAGAUAUUUGAAUCCCUUUAGUAGAGGUCCUGUUCUCAACUUUAUAGAAUUCUUUUUAUGUCCUCCAAAUCAUCAAACAAAUGAUCCACAAAACUACCAGAUACUUUCAGAAGAUAUUAUGUAAAUAAUGAUAAAUUGCAAUUACUAUAUUUCAGUAAUACUACACCUCUAAGAAAUUGAAAAUGUUAUUAACUAAGCAAUUAACAUUGUCAACUGUCACAUAUGUACCUGCACAUAAUCUCGAUGAUUAUUGCUUUUAAUAUUAUAGCUUUUUACUCAUGAUAUUAAAUAAGAAAUGAUUCAAUAAAUAAUUUAUUAAUUUAUA